AUGGACUACCAGGAGAUAUCAGCAGUUCAUACUUUACUGCACCUGAUUUUCCAUCGUAACAAGAAUCAACACCAGAGAGCUAAAUGGUGGAAAUGGUUAGCAACUUUGAAACGUACCACGUUGGAUCUGAAAUCGUUGGACUCGGCCGCUGUCGAGCGCUAUCAGCAACAUCUGGCCCAGCAUCUGCUUCCCCGAUGUUACUUAGCAUUUUCGACCGUGGUGGCUGAGAACCAGUUCGCGACAUUGGGGAUCGCUCUGCUAGCAGCAUUAGCACGUCUGGCCAAGGCCACCGGAGCCGACCGUAAAAUCAAACUACGAUGUCGCGCGAGAAUGCAGAAAGUGCUUAUUCGGGACCCUAUUGAGGACCGAGGAGAGCGUAUCUGUCGCGACGACCAGGUGCGGGUAGAAGCACCAAGUCAAUCCUCCAAGACAGAGCGGGAACGGCCUGUGAAGGAAAAGAAAAAGUCCACCAAGUCCAAGUCCACCAAACGCAAGAAAAAUGCAAUCGACGACCUUUUCAGUGGUCUAUUCUAA